AGGCUAGAUCAAGCCAGGCUAGCCGGGUUGCUUAGUGUCGGUGCCGAGAUGACGGCGGCGCGGGCUUUGCGCAGCGCGGGUUCCUCAGGACUGGAGGGCGGCGCCGCGGCCUCCACUCGGGCCGCACUGUAUCCGGGGGAAGAAGCUUCGCGGCGACGUCCCGUUACUCCAGGCCCUGCCGGCCCAGACGGGCUGCAGCCGCGACAUAGCCUCGCCCCCCUGCAGCGCCCGCUUUCGCGACCGACCUGCCGCGGACCGCCGAGAUCGCACCAGCCAGAGAGCGAAACAGCGACCUCCGCCUCCCCCGACCCGACAACAACAAGCGUCCGACGGGCCCAACCCCACUCCUCUGAAUGGUCCACUCUAGCCACAGGGUCCAGACCACGAGAAAUCUUAUUGGGGGAGUCCUCCGCCACUCAGCCUUACCUUCCACUUCUACUGGCUGUAUAGCUUGUCUGUCUCGCCCUCGCUUACGAACCCGCCUCCACUCUUAGUGUUCAUUGGUUAGGGCCAUACCCGCCCCGCCCCCAGGUGCCAACCCUCUUCCUAGAGUGGUGCACGGUUACGAAGUGCGUCUCUAGUGUGUUUGUGUGUGUGUGUUUGUGUGUAUUGGCGCCUGGUUCGCUCCGAGAACCGGUAUUGUCUUAUGUCGGGCAGCAGCUAUCGUUCGUUUGAACCUUUGAGAAAAGUCCAUCCUUGCCUUCUUUUUGUGACCGGUGAUCGGUCUGUGACACUGUCCCCGGGUCCUGCUGAAACGUGACUAGCGUGGCCGGAUUGUGCCUGGAGAUCCUUGGACCAUCUCUAUAGCUUAGUGAGCUAUCAGGCUCUGGUAGUGCGGAGCACUAGGUCCUUCUUGUUCUCCACGCUCUGGCGCAUCCGGAACCUAGGCUCACAGUCCGAGUUUCUGGACGGCGGAAGCACUCAACAGUUCUAAAUCACGGAAGCGCUCUCGGAGAGUCAGGACUCCGCCGGACCAGAAAUGUCGCCGCCCGCCGGCGGUGCGGCAGUGGCUGCAGACCCUGACUCACCUGUAGUGCUCCUGGCAGUGCACGCCGCGGUGAGACCUCUAGGCGCUGGGCAGGAUGCCGAAGCGCAGCUGCGGAAGCUGCAGUUGAAAGCCGACCCUGAGCGGCCUGGACGCUUCCGGCUGGAACUGUUAGGCACCGAGCCUGGGGCGGUCAGUUUAGAAUGGCCCUUGGAGAACAUUUGCUAUACCGUCCGCGGGCCUAACCAACACGAACUGCAGCCUCCACCUGGAGGCCCUGGAACCUUCAGUGUGCACUUCCUUGACUCUGAGGAAGCGCAGCAGUGGGCAGCACUGGUGCGAGAUGCCACCGUAGAAGGACAAAAUGGCAGUGGCAGCCCAGCCCCAGCUUCAGCUGCAGAAGUGUGCCCCAUUUCUCCACCAUGUUCUUCUAUGGCUCAAAUACCUAACGCAACCCAACCUGAGGUGGAUCCUCCUCUAAGUUCUGGAAACUUGAAAAAAGAAGAGCUGGCUACACGCCUGGCCCAGGCCAUUGCAGGUGGGGAUGAGAAAGCAGCAGCCCAAGUGGCAGCAAUCCUGGCACAGCAUCAUGUGGCUCUCAAUGUCCAGCUCAUGGAGGCCUGGUUCCCACCAGGUCCCAUAAGGCUGCAAGUCACAGUUGAAGAUGCUACAUCGGUAUUGUCCUCUUCAUCGUCUGCCCAUGUCUCACUGCAGAUCCACCCACACUGCUCCAUUGCAGCCCUCCAGGAACAGGUGUUCUCAGAGUUCGGUUUCCCGCCAGCUGUGCAGCGCUGGGUCAUUGGGCGGUGUCUGUGUAUGCCUGAACGAAGCCUUGCUUCCUAUGGAGUCUCUCAAGAUGGGGACCCUGCUUUUCUUUACUUGCUAUCAGCCCCCCGAGAAGUUUCAGGACACAGCCUUCAAAACUCCAAGAUGGAUAGGAAAUUAGGAUGCUUGUUUCCUCAGUCAUUGGAGCUGCCUCAUAACCUCCAGCCAUCCAGUUCCAGUCUCCCAGGUCCCCCUCAGCCUGGCUGGUCUUGCCCUUCCUGCACCUUCAUCAAUGCCUCAAAUCGCCCUGGCUGUGAGAUGUGUAGCACCCAAAGGCCCUGUGCUUGGGAUCCCCUUACUUCAGCUUCCACUUAGAAGCUACCAAAGGUUACAGAGAAUAUGGGCCUCCUGUCACAGACCCAAAUACCACCACUGGAACUUUGCAAGGGACCCCCUGCUUGUCGGGGACACGAGGCAGUGAUUAAAGACACGUAAGAUGUG